AUGACUGAAAGAACAACUACAAUAUCAAAUGAAUCAUCUGGUAUAAAGCUUGAUCCAACAGAGAAACGAAUUUUAGAGGAUCAGAUUAGAGUUAUUAAAAGAAAAGAAUCAUAUAUUACUUUAUAUAGAUUUUCUACAAAACUUGACUGGAUAAUAAUGUUAUUUGGGAUAGUAUUUUCAACGGUCGCAGGAACUGCCAUGGCUUUAAGAUCAAUCCUUUAUGGAAAAAUGACCGAUUAUUAUAUUCGUUUUCAAACUUACACGAUUAGCACUAAUGAGUUUUCCGAAGAAAUAAAUCACCUUUUAUUGGCUUUUAUAUCCCUUGCAAUUAUCACUUUUGUUGCUACGUAUAUAUCUAUAACUGCUUGGGUAUAUACUGGUGAAAGAAUCGCACGACAAAUCCGUGAACGAUAUUUUCGCGCAAUUCUCAGACAAAAUAUGGCUUACUUUGACGAAUAUGGCUCAGGUGACGUUAUUACUCGCAUUACUUCUGAUAUACAUUUGAUACAAGAUGGUAUAAGUGAAAAAGCUUCUAUCAUUAUUCUAAUUUUAUAUUUUUAUUCUCGUGCUGGAACAAUCGCCAAAGAAGCUAUUUCAACCAUCAGAGUUGCAGUGGCCUUUGGUGCUCAAAAGAAACUCUCAAACCUUUAUGAUGCUUACUUGGGUAAUUCAAAAAUAGAAGGGUUUAAAAAAACUUUAUUAGUUGGUUUUUCUCUUGGCAUAAUGUUUGCUGGCGUUCCUGCAUUUAAUGCUUUGGUCGUCUGGGUUGGUUCAACAAUGAUUAUUAAUAAUGAAAUAUCUCCCGGACAGGCUCUUAGUCUUGCUACUGGCGCUAGUUCAAAAAUAUUUGAAACCAUUGAUCGUGUUCCCUCGAUUGAUAUCGCUUCUGAUACCGGUGAUAAGCCCGAAAACGUUAUGGGUCAUAUUCAAUUUAAAAAUAUAAAUUUCAUUUAUCCGACUCGCCCUGAUGUUAAAAUUUUAAAUGAUAUAUCAUUAGAUAUUGAACCUGAUUCUAAUGUUGCUCUUGUUGGUUCUUCAGGUUCCGGUAAAAAACCUGUACUUUUUAAAACUACUAUAGCUGAAAAUGUAUCUUAUGGAUUGGUUGGUUCUGUUUAUGAAAAUUUACCCGAUAACGAAAAACGUGAAAAGAUUGAAAAUGCUUGUAAGAUAGCUAAUGCUCACGAUUUUAUUAUGGAUCUUCCUGAUAAAUAUGAAACUAUGGUUGGUGAACGUGGAAUCUUAUUAUCUGGCGGACAAAAGCAACGUAUCGCGAUUGCUCGUGCUGUUAUUAAAGAUCCAAAAAUUUUAUUACUUGACGAAGCUACUAGUGCUCUUGAUUCACAAAGUGAGAGUAUAGUCCAAAAUGCGUUAGACAAAGCCUCAAAGGGUCGCACAACAAUAGUUAUUGCUCAUCGUUUAUCCACUAUUCGCAAUGCGGCAAAAAUUAUUGUGAUGAAUAAAGGUGUUAUUGUGGAAUCAGGUACACACAGAGAGCUCAUAGAUAAAAAAGGUUUUUAUUUUAAACUUGUCGAAACUCAAGACGUAAAGGCUGAAGAAAACUUUAAUAUAACUCCACCGAAAGAUGAAGCCGCUGCAUCAUUCACUAUCAAGGGUUAUGACAACCAAAUUGCUGGUGACUCUUCUCGUUCUCUUUUGGUUAAGCAAAAAGCUGAUGUAGAAAUGGGAUUAAAACAUAAUGACCAUAACUACACUGCUUGGGAAUUGACCAAGAAAGUAGCAAUCUUCAAUAGACCUGAAUGUCUUAUGCUUUCCAUAGGUGCCAUUUUCUCAAUUUUUGCUAUUAUCUUUGCUAAUGUUAUUCAAGCAUUCUCAAAAACUGGAGAUACUUUACGUAAUGAAGCAACAUUCUGGGCUUUUAUGCUUUUUAUAUUUUCUGGAGUGACGUUUUUUGUGAGUUUCCUCCAAAAUGUUGCCCUUGGAUUUUCGAGCGAAAAGCUUUCCGAAAGAAUUCGAUCCAUGUCUUUCGCUUCUAUUUUACGACAGGAUAUUCCAUUCUUUGAUGAAGAAGAUCAUAGUGUGGGCAUUUUGACUAGUCAUUUAUCAUUAGAUGUAACUCAAAUUAGUAGUUUGACUGGAGUUUCACUUGGAAAUUUGUUACAAAUAACGGCUAUGAUCUUUUCUUCUGGAAUAGUGUCUCUUAUAGUUGGUUGGAAGCUCACUUUGGUCUGUUUAUGUGCUAUACCUUUAAUGAUUGGAUCUGGCUCACUACGUAUAAAAAUGUUAAAUAGUUUCCAUCAAAAAACCAAAAAAGCUUACGAACAUUCAGCGCAAAUAGCUUGUGAAGGCGCUGCUAAUAUUCGAACGGUCGCUGCUCUCACUCGUGAAAAUCAUUUAUGGGAAAUAUAUCACCAUUUACUGGACGAACCCACGCGUCAAGCAUUUAAAAAUGCUUACUUGGCCUCCAUUCCGUUUGCUUUUGCAAACUGUCUCGCCUUUUUAUUAAAUGCUUUAGCAUUUUGGUAUGGUAGUAAAUUGUUUAUAGAUAAUGAAUAUGAUAUUAAAAAAGUGUAUACGAUUUAUGUAGCAAUUGUAGUUGGGUCAUCGGUUACUGGUCGUUUCUUUGCUUAUGCUCCAGAUAUAGCUAAAGCCAAAGCUGCAUCUGCUUCAAUAGUAUCAUUAUUAGAACGUGUUCCUAAAAUUGAUAUAUGGCAAAAUGGUGAAACAAUUAAAACUGUAAAAGGUCACCUUAAAUUCUCCAACGUUCAUUUCUAUUAUCCGACUCGACUUGACGUUCCGGUUCUCCAAGGUCUAAAUUUAAAAAUCAAGCCUGGUCAAUAUGCGGCAUUAGUUGGCUCGUCUGGAUGUGGUAAAAGUACCAUAAUAAGUCUUAUUGAAAGGUUUUAUGAAGUGACUGAUGGUACAAUUACAAUUGAUGAAAUGAAUAUUGCCAAAAUGGAUGUGAACAAUCUUAGAGAGCACAUUGCUCUUGUAAGUCAAGAACCAUCAUUGUAUGAUAUGACUAUAAAGGAAAACCUUCUUUUGGGUUGCCUACCUGGACAAGAUAUUACUCAAAAUGAUUUAGAAAAUGUAUGCAGAGAAGCAAAUAUUCAUGAAUUUAUUAUUGAGUUACCUAAUGGUUAUGAUACACGCGUUGGUGCAAAAGGAGUACAACUUUCUGGCGGUCAAAAGCAACGAAUUGCUAUUGCCAGAGCACUUAUUCGAAAUCCCAAAAUUUUACUACUCGAUGAAGCAACAUCAGCUCUAGAUUCAGAAUCCGAAAAAGUUGUACAAAAGGCUCUUGAUUCUGCCGCUCAUGGGAGAACAACCUUAGCAAUUGCACAUAGAUUAUCAACAAUUCAACACGCUGAUAUUAUAUUUGUUUUAAAAGAUGGUAAAAUUCAUGAACAAGGCACACAUCAAGAAUUAUUAAGACUACGGGGG